GUUUGUACUAAAUAAAUUUAUUGAACGGUACAAAAAUAAAUGCGCUGUUAGAAAUGUACAUUCUGCGGUCGGUCAUUUUACAAUACGAGGUACCAGCUAUGUUAGUGUCGAAAAUCGCGUUGGUAACACUGAUUUAGUGAGUUUCGAAACCGGCACUCUGCGAUUUCGGUGUAUGCGAAACGCACCCGUACAAUGUUAUUACACGGGAGAUACAUCGGGCGGAGGUGACGUCGUGCGAAUCAUCGAGAACCGACGUCAUACGGAUUUUCAGUUAGCAACUAUUAUCGCGUUCGCCAUUUACGAUUAUACACACUGACGUAUGUAUUUUUAUUUAUAAUAACACACGUUUUCGCCCGCCGGACAGAUAGACUUUAAACGAUAAAUUUAGUAUAAACAAUGGAAUUCUAUUGAUAAUGACAUUUACCGUAUCGUGUUUUAAGAAUCGUAGUCUAAUCAACGCCUGCUUAGCUUAUCUGCGUUGGAUACCUGCUCGAAGCAAAAGUAAAAAUUUUCGGGUGCGAGCGUCCGGCAACGCCGCCUCGAAACGAACUUUCCAGAGACGAGAGAGACAGUUUCCCAAAUGCCAAGACGGGCAGAAUGCAGACAUAGGAUGCAUUUCUACAACAAAUUUUGCAGACGAAACGAGAGAGAGCGCCAGCACCGCGACGACGGGCGCGACCGAGACGGCACGACAGUCGGUUGUGCUAGGUGAAGGACCCAGACAUAAACCCGAUUCACACCGGCCCGUGAUCCCUCCGUUCGGGCCGUCUCGUGCGGUUCCGCCUCCAACCGACGUCUCAUUGGACAGGUCGUUGGUUUUCCAACCAACUUACUGGAUUCUUCACUUUAGUUCUGUCGUCGUGGUCAGUUAUCAAUUCAUAUCAGUAUCAGAAGCCGGUUGGGACGGACGUGUGCUAGUGAACAGUGUUCGAUUGAAAGUUUCUUUUUUCCACCAUUUCUCACAUAUUGCUUGUAGACUCGGCAUUUUCAAUUCUAUUGUAUCCAUUGCGAUUGUUUGUAUUAAAAUCGUCGUCGCGUAUUCCAUUGAUGUGAAUAAGAAAUUUUGGAAUUUGUGAUGACGUCACGUUACCUUGGACUCAAUUUUGGCUAUAAGCAUAAGGCCUCGAAGGCCUUUCGUAUUAUCCUUUUUGUUUCUUCGUUUUCUUUUGGUUUGCAGGUGCUUUUUUUGGUUUUAUUUUACGUUCGAGACGCGGUGGAAUGUUUUUUUUUAUGUCCAAGGAAUCGCAAUAUUGUGAAAUACCGAGACCAGCGAGUGUCGAUGGUUUUUAAUUUGGAUUAAUUGUGGAUUCGUACGGUAUUUAUCGGAAUAUCCGCUGGAUUCGAUUCGAUAUUACUGCGAGUGCUACCUCGGUGCCUAGGCUGCGUUUUCGGAGAGUCAGGUACCUGAAGUAGCGCGCGUUGUUCUAUUCAAAUGCACCGUUUUCCACGAACUUCGCGGGGGAUUUCCACGAAAAAUUCGCCGACGUUCUAGCUGUGUUACAUGCCUAUUGUACUUCAUCAGGUGCUCUGGUAUUUUAGUCUCCCGACACCUGUUGGAGUGCACUAUUUAUGUGACAGGAACCGUUAUUGGGGAGCCCGACUCGUCCCGAAUUUGUAUGAAUUAUUCAAUAAAAAAUAACUUGUUUUUGUCUCUUUUAUUUCCGAGCCAUUAAGAGAUAUAAUUUGCUGGUAUCUGUAUUUAUAAGAAUAGAUUAAUUUUAUGGGUAAGUCCUUGAUAACAAUUAAAAUGAUUAUGCAUAAACCACAGGAAGCAGGAAGAGCUUAAUGCAGUUUUAACGCCUAAAGUGAAGAAUACUGAAGAUGAAUAAUGAAGAGAAACUGAAUAUAUUACUGUGUAUUUCUAUUAUUAAAUUAUAAUAAAUAUUCAUACAUAAAUUGAACCUGUUUUAUUCCCAUUUGUUUUAA